AUGAAAGUAGUGCGUGAGCUGCUGACGGAGACACCGGAGCUGGCAGGGGACCUGUUGGGGUUAAUUCAGAUGGUAGACGAUGGAGAGGUAGCUGUCAUCGGGGGUAUCGAGAACCGACGCAUCCGCUCCAAGCUGAAAGAGCUCUUUCCGUUGCUGGGAUUGGUCAAGCUUAGAGAACCUAAGGGUGCAUUUGCCAAGCCGCGUAAGGCUAAGGAUAAUGGAGAGGGUCUCAUGGAGGUGUUCCAGAGAAUGCUGUCUGGAGACAGCGACAAGGUUGCGAGAUUGCCCAGCAGUGAUGUUCAGAAUGAUGACAGUGACGAUGAGGUUGUCGGUCCAUCACUACCUGGCAUGAAGGGAUUCCGGCUGGCAGAUGAGCGCGUUGAAGCGGAGAUGGCACGUAAAGCAGAGCAGUUGGAAAAGGAGCAGUGGCAACGUGCACGUAAUGAAGCAUGGAUGACUAUGAUGCCCGAAAGCUCAAUCCUGAAGGAUUCUCUAGGACCCCAGAACAGACCUCCUCCUGGCAAACCCGCGGCAUUCCGCAGCAAGGAGCCGGCAGCAGUGGAUAAGACGUGGUUUGAUUCUCCUGAAGAACGAGAACGUGCGAAACGCGCCAAGCUGGACAUGGAGUUGCUUGGUUACGUCCGCGAGGAAAAUGCUCCUAGCGUUGAAGCCGCUAGUAAGAUAUCCUCGACUACAGUACAGCCAAGCGUGAACGAAUCGAUCCUCCCGAAUGCGAACCCCGAAGCAGACGAAGAAAUGCGGAAGCAAAUGGAUAAACUGCGAAAGUCACGCGGACCAUCGCUGUUAGAGCAGCACCAGCGCAAACAAGCUGAGCAGGCGAAAAGUGAAGCAGAGUCUACCCAGAACGUUGGUGGAUGGAACAGGGAUCGAGACCUUACAGUUCGUCGGGGAAUGUCUGGGGACGAUGCAGAGCGCAUGAUUUCGGCGGCAAAGCAGAUCAACUCGAAGUUCACGGCACCGACAAUUUCACGGCAGUUCUUGUAG